UCUAUGAUUUAGCACAUUUUGUCAAAGCUGACAGUUGUUGGUCCUUUAGAGUCACUGCUUAUACUAAAUUAUCCACAGGUCCUCCUGUAGGAAUAGAUGUAUGUAUGUACGUUUUACUCUGCGAUUCAAUCAAAGAAAUGGAUACGUCGACCCCUUAUGCCAUGCGCACGCGACUGGGAUUCCAUAGCAGACGACACACAGCGGAUGUAUACUGAGAAAGUGAACUGGCUACAAGUCUUCAAGGAUUGAAACGGGCGCAGGAGUUAUGAAAUUUGCUGUGAGCAUUGGAUGUGAGAAAAAGAUCUGGGAGAGAUUUCUUUUGAUGUAAACAAAGUGAAUAUAUAUUCUGUGUGUUCGAAAUGUUAUUGAAUUUGGACAGAAAUUUAUUUUUGAAAGUGGUCACAUGACGCCAUGUGUUGACGAGACGAUGGAUGUCGGUGCUAUAUAAUAUAGGGAUUGAUAUCACUCGAGCAAUGGGAAAUGGUCGCUGGGAGUGCAAGCCCUGGCCAGCUUAGCAACGUGCUUCUCAAGGAAAUAUUGGAAUUGCCUAACUCUGUUUUAUUUAUUGGGAAAAGUGGAUUGGUGCAAUAAACGUGAAUACUAUAAUUCAUUCUUUGGGUGGAUUAUUACCUACCAUCCCUGUGUGGAGUAUGGGAGUUAUAAGAAACACAUAUGAAGAGGAGUCGGACACAGGAAACCAUGUGAAAGAGCCUUACAAUAGUGAUUGUAUUAUACCAAUGGAUAGUGUAUACGACCGACUACAACCCCCACCCUCACCGUGUGGGUGUGGCACCAGGCCAACGCCAACUUGUGAUAGGGAGUCUUCUCCGGCCCGGAGCAAUUCAUGGCCAUCUGGUGGUGGUCGGAGACGAGCGAGGAGAUCAGUGGUUCUCUACACGGCCAAUCAUUACACAACCUGUCUGCAUCAUGGAAGUGUUCACUGGUCAACCGGUCAACCGGAACUGGAUACUGGCCAAACGGAAGUGGAAUUACCGGAAGUUAAAAGUAAAAACGAAAAUUGUGGACGGGUUUGCUGCCCUAAAUGCGGGUCCAGAGGACAUUGGAAUAAGUCCAAAAUGCUUCGAGUGACGGGUCAAUGUAUUUUGUUUCUAAUAAUAGCUUCCUGUGGUGGGUUGAUCAUAAACAACAAUUUUGGUGGGGACGAACACGCGCCGGGAAUAGUGGAUAUAGUUGAGACAACACAAUUAAAAGGAGUUCACCUACAACCAGUGCCUUUAAGUGAAUUAAAAAGACAAUUACAGCAUACAAAAAAUUACUAUGACUUUUUACGUAUAUUCCUGAAUAAGAAAGAUUUAUCGAAUGAGUUGAUAGAUGAAAUUGUGAACGCCCGGACUAUACAGAAAUUUCUAGGAGCUGAGAAGAAGAGUAGAGAUUUCAAUGAGGAAUUUGAUGACGAAGAAUCAUGGGGAGUGGAUGAGGAUGAUAUGCACAUGGAUGAAGAGCAGGAUCGGCUUGAUGAAGAGCUUUCGGAAGCGAUGUAUCAUAUUGAGGAAAUGGCCAACAGCCCUCUUGGGGAGUGUAAGACGCCUCAGCCAGAGAUUGUCAACGUCAUAGACGAAGAAAACAAACACCGAGUGUACUUCCCACAAUGCACUGUUGUACACCGCUGUAAGAACGUCUCCGGGUGUUGUGGCGCCGCGAACAGGGAAUGUGGACCUAUCAGAAUAGAAGUCAUCGAAAAAUCCUUCAUUGUCGUACAGCUGAUUGGGGACAAUACCCUUCCCGACAAAAAUAUGGUGGAGAAGAAGAAUUUUAUCAACCAUACAGAAUGCGCCUGUAAGGAGAAGCAAGGCCUCCCCAAUUGUGACAAAUACAAGUGCCCAUUCCCCUUCAUGAUGAUGCGUAAAGGGGUUCAGUGCACAUGCGACUGUGACCAAUCAGCCGAUGAAAACAAUUACGUCUGUCAGAGCAUCAAAGAUGGCUUCAUACCUCUACAGGAAAGAGACUUAGCGUGUAUUAAAGCAAAAACAUGUCUAAAACCAGUUUGCACGCAUGGGACAUUACACGUGCAAUCGGGGCACUGUCCGUCGAUUCAAAAUGAUGACAUAGGGUCUCCAUUCGAGGCUCCGAUAGAGAGACAAACGGAUCGACAUGUUCGACACUUACGGCACAAGAAGGGGAGAAACAAGGACAAACAACUUAGGAAAGGUCAAGAAAAAGCUGGGAAAUAGUCAUACUGUGUUGUCAUGGUUAUCUGUAGCCAUGGAAACAAUCUCUACCUCUCCCUCCACCCUGGACCUUAUACGUAUUCAGCGACACGUAACCGACGUGACCUUCACCUUGUAUUGUCACGUGACAGGAAACAAGUGCAGAGAUAUAUGUAUCAUAGAUUUAUAUGACGCCAUCGCACGCCCAACAUAAUGUGCACUCUCCCAAGCUCCAAACACCGACUUACCUAUACAGUACACAAGACAAAGGGAGGUAUCUGUAUAUAAGUGUAUAUGAAAUAUGCUGUAUAACAAAGAGCUGUGACGAAAUCAGGACCAUGAGAAUGACUCGCCAGUUUGUCGUACAGAAAGAUUACCCUUGAAUUUCAAAUCUCAAUUAUCGUUCUUACCCAUCUGCAACUGCUGCAACGUUAACGUUAGAAUUGUCAUUUCAUGGAAGUGCCAUAACACCGUAACCUGUGAUGACAGUCAUUCAAAGAAAUAUACUCUCCACAAUAGGAAACGCGUUGGUGGUAACGUUAUUUUCAUCAGUACAGUACGUGGAUGGAGCAGUUUCCAUGUUGCAGUGUUACAUGAAAAUAAAGUCGUUCGUCUUUACUGAUAAAGUGCCACAAAAAGGUUUUAUUGUCUUCCAUAGAGUUAAUAUCGAUGACCUCUGACAUGUGCAUGAUUCGUUUUCUUGGGAAACUGAAAGCAGUUUUCACCUGCAAGUCAUUGGACUUGGCACUUGUCGUUUUCACAAAUCACUCAGCUAACAAAGCGAAUUUUGAAAAUCGUCACGCCAAGGCUCAAUAAUAACGUGAGAAAUGAAGCUGUUACUGGACUUCAAGAUGGUGAAUCAAAAGCAUCAGUAGCAGGUUCACGACUUUGGGCUCAGUAGUUUACGUCACAUAUCUGCAAAGGCUGUCCGUAACUUAACCGACUACGACCUGCCGGAAUCCAAACAAAAAAAACUUACGUUGACGUUAUUUUAUCUCAGAGUAACCGCCAUGACCGGCAAGAAAUGUGGUAACCUCGGUUGACUCAGAUCACUAAAAUUUUCGUGAUCAAACGCAAGUUUUGUAAUCUUCCAAACACACACACCUGUUCCACGUAUCGCUUUUAAACCUUGCAGUAGACACAGAAUGAAUCUCUGUAAAACCACACAUGCGUUUCUUUUGUAGGGGGAGUAGCCGUAGGACAUUAAAAUGGCGCCGUUACGAUAACGAUGGUGUCUGUGAUGUAUAGAUAUUAUAUUUAUUGAAUAUAUUUUCUCAGUUUAACGAUGGAGAGAGUAUGAAUGUUGAGUGAUGUGUGAAAUUAACCGCAAGAAGAGCGACAACAUGACACCGGAACAGCAGCAUUCUGGUCUAUUGCAUUUAUGAACAUUUUAUGUGGUGCUGAUAUUCUUGUAAACUUAUUCUUGUUGUUGUCAAUUAAAAUAAAAUUAAUCCUAACAAAG